AUGUCUCAAUCUUGUUAUGCUGAUGAAUCUUCAUCGUCUGAUGAAUUGUCGUCUGAUGAGAGGCCUGGACCUACGCAUAGUGUUGUUCGAGGGUCAGCCUCUGAUAUUGUUCAACGUCAGGCUACCAGUGCAGCUGCCAGUGAACGAAGACUGCACCAUUCUAGACACGAAGCAGAAGGGGUCAAGAAUGCGCAGCUUGAAAACCAGGCACUGAAGGAAAGACUCCACAUCGUGGAGGAACAGAAUAAGAUACUAUCGGCCAAUAAGGGUUGCCGCAAGAAGGAUGAUGUGGUUGCUGAAGACAUUCUGGCCUUCGAAGCAGAACUCAAGGUCUGUGCAAAACGAUACGGUCUCAUGGUCAAUAUGUUCCCUCCGCCAGCAGCCCUGCUCAAAACAACACUUCCCGACCCUGCACCGUCAUUCAAUACGGCUGCUUGGUAUGCUACUACAGGUUCGCAGGAGAUUGCAGUUCUGGCAGAAUUGUACGACAUGCUCCCAAUGAAUCGGUUUUCGAACGUGUUCUCCAAGGCAGUCUGUGCUGGUCGUGCCUCCGAGCUUAACAAGCUCAGGAGUGCCACUGGUCAGAUUUUCGAGCUUCCUCAGUGUUACUUCGCCAUCUCAUAUGCUCGCGACACAGAAACUGAGAUUCGCCAGCUACUUAGCACCACUGGCAAAGCCAGCGAGUCAUAUCCGACUCUGCCACCUAUGUUGUUUCCAGGGAAUAUUGUCGACCGCAAUCGUAAAACACUGUUUGGUAACUGGCAACUUAUUGCUAAGACACUGAGCUGCUGCCUUAAGGGCAGGACAUCACUCUCCAAUGAGAGUAGACGACAGGGCGGUGCUCCACCCAAUGCAGUUAAGUGGGGCGUCACAGCAGUAACACCUGGGGCUGUGGCUUGGGCUAUUGUCGCAAACAUAUUUCUAUUAUCACCCGACCAGGAAUUUCCCCAAGAAGGCAAAGGGAAGACCUCCAGAUUCAACUACGGCAUGAUCUUUAUGUUCUUUAAAGAACUGCUGAUCUGCAACUGGGAGAAGCCUCGCCUGAAGACGAUCAUCAAGCAUAUCAAUACCUUCGUUUUCGAGCGCACUUCUCGCCCCUCUCAUGAUCUUAACAGUAGGGAUUCUGCUGAUGAUCUUCAAGAAGAAAUGUGUCUCACUCGACUUGGAUUAGCAGCAGACACAGAAGAUGAUCUGUCUCCGUCUGACAAUGAAAAUGCUAGUAUUGACGUCCUCGCUAAAGCUACAGGCAAUAUAGCGCUAUGUGAUUCCAAUGAGGCUCCUACUCCUUUGUCAACUAUCACUACGACGUCAACCCUCACUGCCAGUGUAGCAACCAACUCUUCGCUGAUCACCAGUCUUCAAGUUUAUCAUGGACCUGGACCAGAUGAGAUUGUUGGAGAGGUCACAGUAGUCGAAGAGGUUGUCAAGACGAAGUCUAAGGCUGGUCGGUCCAAGAAGUCAAAGGAUCUCCAAGAAGACCACGCUGGUGUUCUUCUCAAGGUAUCUGACCCUGUCGUCGACGGCUACCACACGACUGUCAAGGCUGAGUCCACGAUCACGACCUUGUCCAAGUUGCAGAAUAAACACAGCCGUCUCUACACCAAAGCAAUGCCUCUUGAUGAGGAACUCACCAAGGAAAUCGAGGCUGGUACCGUCAACUCCUGUGACAAUGUCAUCGAUGCAAGGAAGAUCUGGUGUUUUGGUCCCGAUACCACUGGCCCCAACUUGCUCGUUGAUGUUACCAAUGGUGUGCAGUACCUUAAUGAAAUCAAGGACUCUGCCUUCCAGUGGGCAACCAAGGAAGGUGUCUGUGCUGAGGAGAACAUGCGUGGUAUCCAUUUCAAUGUCCUUGAUGUCACUCUGCACGCUAAUGCUAUCCAUCAUGGUGGUGGACAAAUCAUUCCUACGUGCCAUCGUGUCUGCUACGCUGCAUGUUUGCUUGCUACCCCUGGUCUCCAGGAGCCGGUGUAUCUCGCAAGAAUGCCCAUGUUCACCAUCAAGGCGUACCUCCCCAUCAUGGAGUCCUUCGGCUUCAACAGUGAUCUCCGCUCACAGACAGCUGGUCAAGCCUUCCCCCAGAGUGACAUUGUGUUCAACCACUAG